AUGAGGGGGAGAAGAGGAAGGCCGCCCAAACUGGCAGCAGGGAUGCGGGAAGGCUCACCCGUGCCAGCCCGUGGCUCUCGGAGUGGAAGGAGCCGAGGGAUGCGGGGACGAGGACGGGGCAGAGGACGGGGUCGUGGACGCGGCUUAACCGACGGCGGUUGUGUCACCGGCUCCGCCGAGCUGGAUACGGAAAUAUCAGGCCCGGACAACUUUAAUUUGUCCCGGGGCCGCAAGAAAGUUGGAGCCGCCACCUCGGAGGCGAGCGCGGCAUCGCGGGGCAGAGGAGGCAGAGGGAGAAGCAGGGGGUCGAGAGGCGGCCGCGGCAGUAGAGGCGGAGUGAGGCGGCCUCCGAUGAAGGUGGUUUACGACGACAACAGCGACGAGGAGGACGACAAUUUAAGCUACCGAUCGGAGGAAGACGAACUCCUCAACGACAACCCCUCUUCGGAUCUGGAAGAAGAAGAAGAAGAGGCCUUGGAAAACGACUCGGACUAUUUGGAGGAACCACCAGAUGAAGAUGAGGAUGAUGGCAGCUACUGCACCGAGAGUAGUACCAGGAGCCAAAGCUCGACCGGGAGCACCCCAGGUCGACGAAGGAGUCGAGUGGUGCAACCGCAGUCUCCUGCUUUCGAGGCACAAGACAUUCCACCCUUGGAGCUUCCCAAGUCCUCGGAGGAUCUUCUGGUUCCUACCUCACAGCUACUCAACGUGUCUGCUGUGUACGAGGUUCUCCGCAACUUUGGCACAGUGCUUCGGCUUUCUCCUUUCCGUUUUGAGGAUUUCUGCGCAGCGGUUGCCAGCCAGGAGCAGUGCACGCUCCUGGCAGAGACUCAUAUCUCCCUUCUCAAGGCUAUACUUAGAGAGGAGGACACUUCGAACACUACGUUCGGGCCAGCCGAUGUGAAGGAUUCUGUCAAUUCCACACUUUAUUUUGUGGACGGUAUGACGUGGCCUGAGGUCUUACGGGCAUACUGUGAAAGUGACCCGGAAUAUCGACACAUUCUCCCGUUCCAAGAAGGAGAGGAUUACCCGUUUGAACCCUUGGAGAGCAAAAUUAAAGUUCUUCAGUUUCUAGUGGACCAGUUUCUUGCGACUAACAUAGCCAGGGAGGAGCUCAUGUCAGAAGGUGUUGUAGCUUAUGAUGACCAUUGCCGGGUGUGCCAUCGCCUGGGCGACCUGCUGUGCUGCGAGACCUGUGCAGCCGUUUACCAUCUCGAGUGUGUGAAGCCGCCACUGCAGGAAGUGCCGGAGGACGAGUGGCAGUGUGAGGUGUGUGUCGCGCACAAAGUGCCAGGAGUGGCAGACUGCAUCCCCGAAAUACAGAAGACCAGACCCUUCCUUCGGCAGCUGCCAGUCGGAUAUGACCGACACAGUCGAAAAUACUGGUUCCUGAACCGUCGCGUUGUCGUAGAAGAAGAUGGCGAGCAGGAGAAUAAAACAAUUUGGUACUACAGUACGAAGGUCCAGCUAGCUGAGCUCAUAGGAUGCUUAGAUAAGGAAUACUGGGAGGCUGAUCUUUAUGCUGCCCUCGAGGAAAUUCGGGAUGAAGUUCAUGCACACAUGGACAUCACAGAAGACCUUACCAACAAGGCUCGGGGCAACAACAGGUGUUUCCUCAAUGUUGCCAAUGAGGAGAUCCUGGAGCGUCUGCGAGCCAAGAAGGAGGAAGAGCUAGCGGAAGUAAAAAGACAGGCAGCUGAGGAGGCCCUUAAAGCUCGUCUAGAGCAGGAGAAGGAGGACGUAGAUGUUGAAAAAAAUGCUAAUGAAGACGCCAAGCUUGAUGAAGAACAGCAAGUUGUAAGCGUCAAAGAAGAGAACACCAAUGAGGAGUGCAAGCAGACAAUUGAAGAUACAGAAGGAGAGAAAAAGGAUGUCAAAACUGAAGCGGAACAACUACCAUCAGACUCUGCUCCUCUUAGUGGUGAUGGUGUUCCAAGUCUCAGCCAUCCCAACCAGAUUGUUGAGGAGAACAGUAAUAGCAGCAUGGGCCUGAUGGUCCCACCCAGGGGCCCUGAACCUCCAGACCUGGCUGACAAGUCCUCCCAGUCAUCCCUGGCAAGCUUCGAAGACACAGGAGAUGGGAAAGAUUCUAGCAACGGUGAAUGUCCAAGUGGAAAGAAGUCAUCUGCUACUCGUAUGGUGACCCGCCUGAGGAACCCAGAGAGCAAGUUGAGCCAGAUGAAGAGCCAGCAGGUGGCAGCUGCCCUUCAUGAGGCCAACAAGGGCUUCAAGGAAGGAAAAGAGAUCCUUGUAGUGAAUGCACAAGGUGACAUUACCCGUGUCAGCACACGCAGUAAGGACGUGGUGAUGAAAGGGACGCUCUGCCAAUACUUCAAGCUCGGUCAGGAGGGCAAAUAUCGUGUCUACCAUAACCAGUACAGUACAAACACCCUGGCCCUCAAUAAGCACCAGCACAGAGAGGAUCACGACAAAAGGCGGCAUCUCUCCCACAAGUUCUGCAUGACUCCAGCAGGGGAAUUCAAGUGGAAUGGGUCCAUCCACGGUUCCAAGCUUAUAACUAUCUCUACAAUAAGGCUGACUAUUAUCCAAUUGGAAAACAAUGUUCCAUCACCAUUCAUGCACCAUAACUGGGCCUCACACAGGACCAAUUGGAUCAAAGCAGUACAAAUGUGCAGUAAGGCCAGGGAGUUUGCCCUGGCUCUGGCCAUCAUGGAGUGUGCAAUCAAACCUGUGGCAACCAUGCCAGUCUGGAAGGAUUCACUUGGCCACACCAGGUUAAACCGCAUGACCUCCAUGGAGCGUGAGGAGAAAGAGAAGGUAAAAAAAAGGGAAAGGAAGUUGGAGGAAGAAGAGACGAUGCAACAGGCUACAUGGGUCAAAUACACUUUUCCAGUUAAACACCAGGUAUGGAAACAGAAAGGCGAGGAGUAUCGUGUUACAGGUUAUGGCGGCUGGAGUUGGAUCAGUAAGACCUAUGUCCAGAGGUUUCUGCCGAGACUUCCUGGCAACACCAAUGCCAACUACCGCAAAGAACUUGAAGAUGCUAAACUUGGCCUAAAGUGCACCCUUUUGGACUUGAGUCGACGACCGAGUAUCCAUGCACCUGAAACUCAGGGAGUCUCUGGCUUGAACAGUGAUACACCAGACAAAGAUUCAUCUUCAGCUUCCAAACCCUCUCAAGACAAUCAGUUGCUAGACGAUGUUUUGGCAUCUAGUGAAAAGAUUGAAGAGGAAAAGAAAGAAGCUGAUUGUAAAACAGAAAAAUCUGAGGAAUUGCCUGUUGACCACUUACCUGCCAAGAGGGAGUUGGAUUCCACUAACUUGAAAUCGGAUGAUGAACAAAUGUCCAGUAUUAAGGAGGAGUCUGUGAAGGAGGAGGAAAUUACAGAUGACCCCCUUCGUCCUUUUAACUACGAUGUGGUGGAUGUCAGUAAGGGCUUCAACACUCGCAUUCCAUACAAGAAAAAGGUAAAGUCCUCCAAACUCGACGGUCUGCUGGAGCGGCGUGUGAAGCAGCAUACGAUGGAGGAGAAGACAAAGAGUGUGUCUGCAUUCAAACCCAAGAGCACUCCACCUCUUUCACCCGCCUCUUCAACACCACCGGCCACCCCAGUCCGACCACGGUCACCGCUGAAGCCCCAGUCGCUGACUCAGACACAGCUCAAAGUGGUCGAAGCUGUGACAGAGGAUCAAAAAUUUUGCACAAUUCCAAUUUCUAGGCCUGCAGACGCAGGAAUUGAAGGUAACAGUCAGGCUGUCAUCUCAAUAACCACGGAUGAUGUAGCUGCUCGACUUUCAUCUGUUCCUGAUCCAACACUCAAAGACAGUUGCAGUUCUGUUUCAGAAAGAGAUUCUUCUUCACCACAUAAACAAACCAUUACAUUGUCACAGGAAUUGAAAGUAGAUUCUGUAGAAAGGACUACGGGGCCAAAAGAUUGCUCUACAGAGCAACAAAAAGACAGUUCUUGCUUAGACGCCACUAAUGAUGGACUUAUUGAAAAUAUUGGGUCUGAGGUGCCUAACACGGACUCCUUUAGAAAGGUGGACUCAGUAAGGACACAUACAAAUAUUGUUGACCAAAUAAACAGUGAGAAUUCACCCCUCCCGAAAACUUCACAGAAAAGCCCGGAGACAUUAAGCUCAGUAGACGUAACCACUGAGAUAAAUGGCACAGUGCCUGAGGAAAACCAGGACAAUAUGCAGGAUGCCGAUGAGUCAAGUUCUCCUGUUUCAGUUUCUCCUCUCCCUCAGAUAAAUGGUAAGGACGGUUUAGGGUCUGAGGUCGAGCUGAGAAACUCUGUGGUAAGUCCAAAUAAUAAUGUUAUAACGAACAAAACCAAGGUGAACAGCAUUGGUCAAGUAGAGAAUGAAGGCAUAAACUCACAGCAAAAGCUUUUGGUAAAUGGAGAUUUGGUUCUUAUGAACAAAAGUGCACAUGGAGCAGAAAAAGAACAGACCCCUUCAGAAUCAUUUGAGAGCAACAUAAUGACACCAGGUCAAGAUUACCAACCACCUGUGAAAAUAUCAAAACUGGACAACAAUAUUGAUUCAUUUGAAUCUCAUAUCCCGAGCACUUUGCGGCUCAACAGCUCAUUUGGAUGUAAAACCAGCCCUGUUGUUAAGAUCAUCAGAAUGGCACCUUCGCCAAUACCUUCAACGGAAGAGUCCAGUUUAAGUGACGAGUUUGCAGAGAACAGUGACCGGGAGACGGCAACACCAUUGAAGACGCUUGUCAGCGAGGGAACAACCAGGGCGUUGGCAACGGAAAGCGCCGUCUCCACCCUCACGACCAUGACCAAAAGAACCUUGACUAAAAUCUCUUCGUCCAGUUCUUUAGAAGACAGCCAGAAUGAGAGACUGGCUCAACGGGAGGACUCCCUUUCACCCUCCACCAAUAAAUCAAUAACUGAAACCAGUAGUACAAAUUCUGCAUCACGCGCAGAUAUAUUUCAGGAAGACUCAACAACCAGGGGCCGAGUACGCCUCCGCAAAUUUUCCCGCACCAAAAAGGUGCGCUCGGACACCGCACUUCCUUCUUAUCGUAAGUUUCUCACCAAGAGCAACCGCAAGAGCAUUUUUGUGUUGCCGCACGACAACUUGAAGGUGUUAGCGAGGAGGGGCGGAUUCCGUGAAGUGCCAGUCUUUAACUAUAACGCCAAGCCAGCCCAGGAUAUUUGGCCGUAUCCUUCCCCAAGACCCACAUUUGGCAUCACUUGGAGGUAUCGCUUGCAAACAGUGAACACUUUGGCUGGUGUGAGUCUGAUGCUUCGACUGCUCUGGGCCUGUUUGAGAUGGGAUGACAUGGCUGUAAAGCCAUCUGCAGCCGUUGGUACUACACGGACAGCCCUAUCCCCACUCAUUACCACAGAGACGUCAGACACAGAAAUCACUACCACAGAGAUCAUCAAGCGGCGUGACGUGGGACCCUACGGCAUACGCUCGGAAUACUGCAUCCGCAAAAUUAUUUGCCCACUUGGAGCUCCUGAGACCCCCAAAGAAACCCACACCCCGCAGAGGAAAGGGCUGCGCUCCAGUGCCUUGCGUCCCAAGAAACCCGAACCUCCCAAGCAGACGGGCCCCGUUGUGAUUGAGACAUGGGUUGCUGAGGAGGAGCUAGACCUUUGGGAGAUCAGAGCUUUUUCAGAGAGGGUCGAGAAAGAAAAAGCUCAAGCAGCCGAACAAGCCAAGAAACGUCAGGAGCAGAAGCCAGGCUCGGUCACGGUCACUCCAACGGGAACUCCCGCAACACCGGCUGCGACGCCUAAGGUCAUGGUGGCUUCACUGACAGGCCAGGGAACUCCGAGCGCCAAGGUGGUGCUGUCUUCAAAGAUGGGAACGCCUGUCAAAUAUCAGCAGACCAAGAACUUCCAGCAGUCGUUUGCCACGUGGAUAAAGCAGAGUCAAAACUCACCAGACACCACGGUGACCACGACUGGUGGACACACAUUUCAAAUUACAGGAACCACAGUGGGUGGGAAGGUACUGACCACCAAGCUGCCUCUUCCAGCCAACAGCAAGCUCAUCACGGUCAACAUGGCAACUUCCCAAGGAGGUGCCAUGCAACAGAAGGUGUUGGGUAUCAUCCCCUCUGGUACAACGGGUAGUGCUCAGACCUUUAUCAAAUUGCCUCGCACUACACCUGUGAACAUCAGGCCCAAUAUCCCAGGCACACAACAGCCGAUCCGGCCUGGUGUAACAACGAUUCGAACCCCAAUGCAGCAGGGCGGGCCUAUGGGAAAGACAAUAAUUAGAACACCACUUGUAGUCCAACAAGGUCAGAAUGGCCAACAAGUUGUAAGUCAAAUCUUACAAGGCCAGACAGUGUCCACUUCAGUUUCUGGAGCCAGCCCCGUCGCCACGGUUACGGGCCAGGGCCAAGCAAGCCCUGCUACAGCUGGAAUGACAUCCGGCCAGGUUAAACUCAACAUCGCACAGCUAACCCAGAAGCAGCAGGCUGGCUCAGGUGUUGGUGGCUCCCACCAGGCUCUGACAGUGAUGAUUCAAGGUCAAGGUCAGACCACCGGCCAGCUUCAGGUCAUACCUCACGGAGUCACGGUCAUUCCGGGUCCCGGCCAGCAGCUCAUGCAGGCCACCUUGCCCAAUGGCCAGAUGCAGCGGUUCUUAUUCACACCCCCUGCCGCAGUGGCAACAACUGCGCCAAGCGCAGCCACCACACCGUCCAACCAGCCCAACUCUGACUCGACAAAAACACCGGCCCAGCCUGCUCAAGUGGCAGCUGCUCCAGUGCAGCCAGGGGCAGCAACCCUGGCUACCACCAGCACCCAUUCGGCAUCCACUCCACAAGGGCAGUUACCCUCACAGACGCAAGCCCACAUGCCUAUUCAAUCUCCCACCUCGUUGCAAGUGACAACACAGGGUGGAACGGCACAACUGCAACUGCAGCAGAACCCCCAAAUCAUCAUGUCUGGACUGCAGCAGCAGGUCCAGGUCUUGGCCCAGCUGCAGGCUCAGCAAAGUGGCACAUCAUUACCACAACACUUCAAACUUCAGCUUCCUGUUCAGAUACAGCAAACUGGCCUCACUUCGGGACAGGGAGGACAGAUGGGGAAUGUUGUGACCAUUCAGGCUGCUUCCGUACAAGAGCAGCUGCAGAGGAUCCAGCAGCUCCGAGAGCAACAACAGCAGAAGAAGAAACAAGCUGCAGAAGCCAAAAAAGAGCAAGCCCUCAACUCUGUAAGCCAGAAGGACAUCAUUCAAAAGCAGGUUGUGAUGAAGCAGAACGCUUUCAUCGAAUAUCUGAAGCAGAAGAAGACGCUUACACCUGAGGAGAGAGAAGAGAAUCAGAGAAUGAUUGUAUGCAAUCAGGUCAUGAAGUUCCUCCUAGACCGAAUAGACAGAGAUGAGAGGCAGGAGGCCAAGAAGAAGAAGAAGGAGGAACAAGUAGAGUCCAAGAAGAGGUUGGCCACCGCCAAUAAGCUCGCCUCACUUCUUUACCGCCACAAAGAGAGCCUGAAGACAGAGAUCUUGAAGAAACGAGUGCUUCUUGAUCAGCAGCUCCAUCUAGAGGCCCAGGAGGAACUAAAGAAGGACCUCUUAAAGAUACGGAGGGAGAAGGAAAGGGCAGCAGCGCAGAAAGCUGCACAAGCGGCAGCCGCCGCUGCUGCAGCAGCUGCCGCCGCCGCCUCUCAAAGCCAAGACCAACACGUUCAAGCACGCAUACACAACAUAACCACUCAGCAGCACCACGUCACUGCCGUCACACCGACACACAAGAGGAAACGCGAUGAGGAAAGGGAGAGUGCAACGUCCGCUAAAUCCAAGAAGAAGAAGAUGAUCUCUACCACUAGUACCAAGGAGACCAAGAAGGACACCAAGCUCUACUGUAUCUGCAAGACGCCGUAUGAUGAGACAAAGUUCUACAUCGGCUGCGACCUGUGUACAAACUGGUAUCAUGGCGAGUGUGUGGGAAUCACAGAGAAAGCUGCUAAGGAUAUGGAUGACUACAUAUGUUUGGAGUGUAAACAGGGCCACAAGAACACCAAAGAGGAGCUCUACUGCAUCUGUCAGACGCCAUAUGAUGAAUCCCAGUUCUACAUAGGUUGCGAUCGAUGUCAGAACUGGUACCACGGUCGCUGUGUGGGCAUCCUGCAGAGUGAAGCAAACCACAUCGACGAAUACGUCUGCCCGCAGUGCCAGUCAACAGAAGACGCCAUGACGGUCCUCACGCCGCUCACUGAAAAAGACCUUGAAGGCCUGCGGAGAAUCCUGCGCUCCUUAACAGCACACAAAAUGGCAUGGCCAUUCCUAGAACCAGUGGACACAAGUGACGCCCCUGACUACUAUAAAGUUAUCAAGGAACCAAUGGACCUUUCCACCAUGGAAGAGAGGUUACAGAAGCGCAAGUACGUCAGGCUAACAGAGUUUGUAGCAGACAUGACCAAAAUCUUCGACAACUGCCGCUAUUACAACCCAAGCGACUCGCCCUUCUACCAGUGUGCCGAGGUUCUGGAGAGCUUCUUUGUCCAGAAGCUCAAAGGCUUCAAAGCUAGCAGGUCUCAUAACAACAAACUACAAUCAGCAGCCUCUUAG